AUGUCGGAUGCAACAGAAGAAGGAAGAUCCCUACGAGAUAAAGGUGGGGAAAGAUUGGUGCGAACAACUACAGCGAUCGAGGAGAACGACCAUAUAAUUCUUUUCGAUGUGGAGGAUCGGUUUACCGGCGACGGUGGGGCGGCUCUAGCGGCGGUGGGGCGGCUCCAACGGCAGUGCGAUUGUUCUUUCUCUUUCCAUGAACCGCUACGAGCAAUUCAACGGAGUGAAGGUGGUGACAGCAAAACCCACGUAGAGCAGAAAGAAAGAUGGGAAGAAUCUUUGUGGUGGAGCUUGAGGGCAGGUCUUAUAGAUGCAAAUUCUGUAAAACUCACUUGGCCCUUGAAGAUGAUCUCAUCUCCAGGGGGAAAGGCAUACCUAUUCCACAACGC